UAUUUUUAUUAUUUAGUUUGUAUUAGACUUGCGCAAAACAUCACUUCCCAAUGUAAUGUGAUAUGACAUCACUUUUACAGACAGGUGAUAUUACUCGAAAACAUUACACAUCACUCUUAGCAUUACUCGGUGCGUUCAAUAGAUACUGUGACGAAUACAUUGUAUCUAUACACCCGAAUCAUUACCUAAGUGAUGUGUUCAUAGUACUUUGUAUUGUAAUACACUGUUAUAUUACUUGACAGAGAUUGACUUACAUAAUAAUAUAAUAAUUUUAUUUUUUACUUAAUAUAAUUUAUUGUGGGAUCAACGGAUUUCAUAUGGCGACUUAGACUGCAAAUUGAGCUCGACGAUAAUGUUAAUAUACGAGAGCAGUAGACGCAUUGUUUCGGCGCGGCCUCCUCAAAGUGCAUCCAAAGAGGACUGUACUUUCAUUUAGACGCCAUUCUUUCUUUCACUUAUUAAACAAGCAUUAAAACAAAUAAUAAAACUAUCUUCAAACAAGUGCUUAUGUAAUUCAAACACAAAAAUUAAUAUGAAAUAUUACUAAACAAUUACGAGCGACUAGCGAUUUUACAAAAGUUGCGAAUAAAAAAUUAAGUAACUACUUGCGGGGAACUACCGGCUGGCCGCGUGAAAAAUAUAAACACAAAUACCUAUAUUAAAAUUCAGACGUACCAUAGGUAUAAAAAUGUACCUAGCGGCCUGGGCAUACGGUUCAAAAUCACUAGGAAUAAUUCCGUGUCGCUUGCUCAUUUAUUUUACGUAGUGUUGUAGCACUGCACGUCAAGCCAUCGUCGAUCGGUCUGUCUCGCUCGCUCGGUUCCGUUCGUGUAUUAAGCAACAUUACACGACAAAGAAAGAAACAUGUUGGGUGAUAGUGUGAUGUUUGUUUCCUUCGCGUAAUGUGUGAUGUUGCAUUACAUCGUAGAGUAAUAUUACCGGAGUAAUAUCACUCGCAUUACUUACACAUGUCUAGUUUGUAUUUACGAUAAAUUAUAACACCACAUUCAUAGAGAAAAAAAACAAUGUUAAAAGACCAAUCUAAAUAUUAGUGAUAAGCCUAGUUAGGAGAUAGAUUUAAGUAAAAGAAAAACAAAAUACUGGGACUCUUUAGAAUUGUAAUGUAAUAACUGUUGUAACUAAUACGAAUUUUGUGAUGUCAUUAAGCGACAAAAAUUCUUGAUCCAUACUUUGUCAUUCGGUAUCAUAUGCUACCUAGUAUAUCAUUACAAAAUAUCGUUGUAUCGCGUAGUACUAUAUCGAUACGCGAAAAUAUCGAAAUGUUUAAUGUAUCGAUCAUUUCUAUAGAGACGUAGCAAUUGUCACUUGGCAAAUGGCAGCUAUUUACCUAAUUAAUAUUAACUAAAUACCAUUGAAUAAUUAAUUAAAUUGUAAUCUUUGUGCCUAGUAUUUUUAAAGUGAAAAUUAUGUCUCAGUUAGAUAAUCUUGAAGCAUUAGAAAAGCAAUUAGCUGAAUUGCAAAUGGUAAAAGAAAUGUGUACUACAGGGAAAGGGAAGAAAGUGCCGCCUGCUGUGCCUCCAAAGAAAAAAACUCAGCCGCACGUUCCUCGCAGCGCUUUAAACAGUGAGCCAUCCUAUUCGACAAAAAUGUCAACAUCGACAAGUAACAAUGAAACUUACAAUACCUUGCCUAAUAAAACUUUGAUGUCACAGAAAGAUUACGCAAAUUUAAACCACCUUGAAGACGACUUCGAAUCUUCUACAUUAAGACAAAAUUUAAGUAACACGACUUAUAGUAACUUGUCACAUUAUAAGGCGAAUGAUAUGCACAUUCAAUUACCACCCCCUCCACCACCACCACCAUUAACUACACACACAACAUUGCAGGCUCCUCUAGGAACACACAAUCUACAAUAUAUGACACUGCCAUUACCUAAUCCUUCUUCAGGAGUCCACCAGGAAUAUAUGAUGCCAGUAUUGUCCAAGUCUCCUGUAACUACAAACAGUGAGGAGUAUAUGCCACCCCCAUCACCAGUAAGUUCCAACUACAGUGAAUUGGCUAGAGCAAAUGCUAAUUUGAAUUACAACCAUGAUAGAACAUGUCCUCCUGUUUAUCAGAAUAAUUUCCCUGAAUACAACAUGUCACAAGCUCCAACAUAUGAAUCAUUCUAUGAACCAAUCAGUCCACAUCCCUCCAGUAAGACAGCAAUGCAAGAAAAUAAUUUAAUUACAAAGAAAGAAGCUUUAUCUAAACGAUCACCAUUGCCCAAGGAACAAGAAGUAGAUGCUUUGACAAAUCUGCUGGUACAAUCAAUUACAGACAGUCAAGAUUUAGAUGUCUUUGGAAUAUGUGUGAAGUGUGGUGAACGAAUUUCUGGAGAAAACGCAGGCUGUACAGCUAUGGGAAACACUUAUCAUGUUCACUGUUUCACUUGUCAACGUUGUAAUGUAAAUCUCCAAGGAAAACCAUUCUAUGAUGUUGAGAAUGAACCGUAUUGUGAAGCUGAUUAUUAUGACACAUUAGAAAAGUGCUGUGUUUGCCGAAAAAUAAUUUUAGAUCGUAUUCUACGUGCUACUGGAAAACCUUAUCAUCCAACUUGUUUUUCUUGUGUAGAGUGUGGUAAAAGUUUAGAUGGGAUACCGUUUACAGUUGAUGCCAUGAACCAAAUCCAUUGUAUUGAUGACUUCCAUAAGAAAUUUGCACCACGUUGCUGUGUAUGUGAACUACCAAUUAUGCCAGAAGAAGGUCAAGAGGAAACUGUGAGAGUUGUUGCCUUGGACCGUAGUUUCCAUGUUAAGUGUUACAGGUGUGAAGAUUGUGGCUUACUGUUGAGUUCAGAAGCAGAAGGUCGAGGUUGUUAUCCACUUGACGAUCAUAUACUUUGUAAAACUUGCAAUGCACGUCGUGUUCGUCUUUUGACUAAUGUUAUGACUACAGACUUAUGAAUUGUGCAUUUUUGUUUAAACAUCAAAUGAUACUAUGUAUAUAUAUAUAGAUAUCUAUUAUUAUAUUGAUUAAUAUCAUAGGAGUUUAGCUCUGGAAGACAAUAAAAAGUAUUUUGUAAUAUAAGGUUGUUAUAAAAAAUUAUUUAAAAAAAGUACUAAAAGGAAACUUUCAAAAAGAAACUAGGAAAGGUUAUCAACAUAGUCAAUUGGAAUUCUUUCUUAGUCUGCAUUAAAUGUGAUAGAAUAUUGUUAUAAGCAUUAUAAAAGUUAUCUAGUAGUUAUGUAUGGAUAUACUAGUAAUUCUCUGCUAUGCUGUGACUCACUAAAUGUAUGAAAUACAUCUAUUGGUCGAUAUAACCUGCUUGAUGGUACUGAGACUAGGAUUACAUACAUUUAAUUUUGACUUGUGAGCAAUACGUUUUAUAUUGAAUAUGAAAUAUUUACAUAUUUGCUUUUACAAAUAAAAGUGCAAAGCACAAAGCAUUUUACAGUUUUACAUUUCUUAGUACUAAGAAUUAUUUUUAUAUUUUUUUAUUAAUUAUUAUCCAAAAGGUUACUAUUGCUAUAAAUAUAUUUGUAUAUAAAUAAACACAAAAAUGAACAAAA